AUGGAAGGAAAAAGACCUCUGAAUUUUACGAAUUUGAUUCCGCCGAGCAUCGGCCAACAGACGAGUAAUCUUUCUGUCCCUGGUAAUCUACUCCUCGGCGGGGACCUUCUGCUGCUGACAGAUACAACCUCGAGUGACGCUCAUUCGUAUUGCGACUACAGCCUCGACUUGGUGUUCCUAGUGGUAGAUGCGUUUCUCGGCGUUCUCAUUUUGGCGGGAAAUUUGUUCACGUGCGCGGUGUUUAUUUUUGGCGGAAACUUGAGGCGUAGCUCGAGUUACAUGAAUGUGUUCUUGUUAAGUUUGUCAGUGUCUGACAUACUUUUGGCGCUUAUCGUCAUUCCAAGUUACGGCUCCCAUUGUACGGGAUGCAGGCGUUCGUUGAGUUCGUUCUGUUGGAUGUUUGAAGGUGGCAAGGACUACACAUUUCUCGCCUCUGUUUUCAACCUCUCGGCUAUCAGCUACGAUCGAUACCUCGCCGUGUUCAAGCCUCUGCUCUACAGCAUACAAAUGUCCCCAAGACGAGUCCUUGCACUGUUGUUGCUGGUUUGGGUGCUUCCCGGCAUGCUUGCAGCGCUUCGUAACACGUGGCAGCACAUGAGCGACCACGCCCUCGUAGCUCGCAUCAAUAUAAACUACACAUACAUCCUACUGUUUGUGUUUGUUAUUAUCCCAAUAACGCUCGUUUCCGUGGUGAACUUCCGAAUAAUUCAAGCGAUAAAGAAACAGUCAAGGAGAGUCAAAGGGGCAGCCACACCAAACGGGACGCUCGCAGGGAUCACGCUUAUGCUCCGCGACACGCACGAAGCACGCAGAGUGAAAGGUACGGUUGCGUGCGUGUUGGUGGUUGCGCUAUUCGUGACGUGUUGGCUCCCGCGUGCGUGCUACUUUUUCUUGCGUCUAAGUGGACGUCCCGAGGUAGAAAUCCGUCUGCUCAUGAAAAUGUCUGUUAGUUUUCUGCUGUUCCAGUCGAGUCUUAACCCUGUCGUGUAUUCAUUUUACCGGACGGACUUCAGGCAGGCAGCGAAAAGGGUACUACGAUGCGAUGGUCGAUAGUAAACAGGCGACAAUAUUAAGAUAAUUCAUGGUGACAAUAACAAUUAUGCGAUGUAAAUAUGCAAAUAUGUAAAUAUAUGUGAACUAAAACGAUGAUGUAUACCAA